AUGUGGAUUAUUGCAACGCUCCUAGUCCUGGGGACGCUCUAUAUAUGGCACAUCAACCAGGCCAUGAAGGGAGUGCCCACGGAAGCAACAGAAUUAUCGCCUCAUCGCUGGACAGUGGAAGAGAUUCAAGCAGCCUACCAGAAGAGCCUGGAAGCCCCGGUGGAUGUGACUAAAAGCCUGCCUCCCAAGCAAAAUCGACGAUAUAUCAUUGUGGGUGGUAUCGGCCUCGUGGGAACCUGGAUUAUCAACCAUCUCCUCGCCCGGGGGGAAGACGCAAAAGCCAUUCGCAUCUUGGAUAUUGCAUCUCCGAGUCAAUCUCUCGGGGUGAGUUGGAUCAAGACAAACAUCACGGACGAGCGCGCCGUCACCACGGCCUUUGAGGAAGCAUGGCCAGCUCAUGUGGCCAACCUCCCCUUGACGGUCUAUCACACGGCAGCCCUGAUCCGGCCUCAAGACCGCCUCAAAUGCUUCCUGCCACUCAGCAGCAAGGUCAACGUCGAUGGAACCCGCAUUGUCCUCGGCGCGGCCCAGGCGGCCGGAGCAACCGCCUUCAUCUGGACCUCCUCCGGCUCAACUAGGCUGCGGAGCCCAACCUUCUGGAUUCCACCCUGGGCCCGCUAUCCCAAGCGCAUAGUCCAAGUCCUCAGCGACCGCACGUCCCCACCACAGCCAGACGAGUUCUUUGGCAACUACGCCGCGACCAAGAUCCAAGCCGAACAGAUCGUCCAGGCCGCCGAUAACCCCAGCACCGGAUUCCGCACCGGCUGCAUCCGCCCCACCAAUGGCGUCUACGGCACCGGCGGCGAAUCCAAAACCGCCGUCACGGAGAUCUACCUGCACAACGGUGGAGCUCCCACAUGGGCCGCCCCCAUCAUCCAGAGCUUCGUGCACGCCGAGAACGUCUCCCUCGCCCACCUGCUCUACGAACAGCGUCUGAUUCAGCAGUCGGAGCCGGGCUCCUCCCUGCCCAAUACCGGCGGACAGUCAUUUAUAGUCAGUGACCCGAACCCGGCCAUCUCAUUCGGGGACUUGUACAAAGUCCUCACGACGCUGUCGACCACCCCGGUCGAAUUCCCUGAGCUCCAGCCCGCUCCAUUCUUACUGUUCUCGUAUGUCGUGGAAGCGUACUAUUACCUGCGAUGCAAGAUCGGGGUCCUGCCCCGUCUCUCGCAUGAUCUGGAACAGUUGCAGCCGUCGCUAUUUGGGAUUUUGAACGUCCAUGUUUUCGCGGAUGAUUCGCGCGCCAGGCUGGCUCCGGAGGAUGGUGGACUAGGGUAUAAUCCGCCGCUGACUACGCUGGAGGGGCUGUGUCGGCGGCUGGUGGAUUGGAACCAGAAGGCACAGACGGAGGGCGUUUACGUGAAGGGAAAGAAGAUUGUGUUGGGCCCGAUCAAGGUGUCGGAGGAUGGUGUUGGGUUGGAUAUUGUCGCGCCAGUAAAGCUUUAG